UUGUUUAUAAAUAAAUCUUUGUUUGGCUCGGGUUCCAAGAAAGUCCAGCCUGCCAUGAUCAAGCUGACUGGUAGGUGGGCCCUCACUAGAAUCACGUGCGCCUCGUCCUCCCUCUUUCUAUUUGCUCAUGACUUAGAGUUGGAGUUGGAGAGUGGAGUAGCUUGCUGGGGCUUUUCCCCUCGCAGCGCAGGCCGCUGCUUCUUCUUCUUCUUCCUUCCAAAUUGCAAAUCGCAAUGCCAAAGCCGUCGCGGCAUCCAAUCUUCUCCUUCUCCUUCACCUCCACAAGCUAGGAGUAAUAAGCUACUAGUAUGUACUAGUUGUUGCUUGUUACUAGUACUAGCUAGCUACUGGAGUACUCCUAGUAGGCAGUAGGCAUAUGGACCCGUACCGGUCAUCGUCUUCGUCGGCGAGCAGCCCCGCCGCCGCCCUCGCCAUGGGCCGCCGCCAUUACUACCUGCCCGCCAGGCCCGCGCGACCCAUCUCCUUCGAGGACUCCCCCGACUGGGCCGACGACGACGUCGACUCCAUCCACCUCGCAACCGCAUCGGCGUCGGCGUCCCUUCCCACCACCGCUUACCCCUCUCCGAGUCCGACGCCCUCCUCCUCCUCCGCCGCCUGCAGAGGAGGAGAGCGCAAGGUGGCCGGUGCCACCCUGGUGUGGAAGGAGCUCAGCGUCUCCCUCACUCGCUCACGCUCAGGCUCAGGCUCAGCUGACCGCCGCGUCGUCAAGAGCUCCACCGGCUACGCGCUCCCAGGCACCCUCACCGUCAUCAUGGGCCCCGCCCGCUCCGGCAAAUCCACUCUUCUCCGGGCAAUCGCUGGCCGCCUGCGCCCCGCCGAGCGGAUGUACGGCCAAGUCUUGCUCAACGCCACCAACACACGCUUGCCUUAUGGAUCUUAUGGUUUUGUUGAUCGACACGAUGUGCUAAUCGACUCUCUCACAGUACGGGAGAUGCUAUACUACUCCGCGCACUUGCAGCUUCCGGGCCUAUUCUCCUCAAAGACCUCCAUAGUCGAAGAUGCUAUCGCAGCCAUGUCCUUAGCUGACUAUGCUGACAACCUCAUUGGUGGCCACUGUUUUAUCAACAGCCUCCCAGCUGGAGAACGGAGGCGCCUCAGCAUUGCAAGAGAGCUAGUGAUGAGACCACACGUUCUGUUUAUCGACGAGCCUCUCUAUCAUCUUGACAGUGUUUCUGCACUUCUACUGAUGGUAACAUUGAAGAAACUUGCGAGCACAGGAUGCACAGUCAUCUUCACAAUGUAUCAAAGCAGUACAGAAGUUUUUGGACUUUUCGAUCGAAUCUGCUUGCUUUCAAAUGGGAAUACACUCUUUUUUGGAGAAACAUUGUCUUGCCUACAGCACUUCUCAAAUGCUGGCUUUCCAUGUCCAAUCAUGCAAAGUCCAUCUGAUCACUUCUUGCGGGCAAUCAAUACUGAUUUUGACAGAAUCAUAGCCAUGUGCAAAAAUUUGCAGGAUGAUCAAGGGGACUUUUCAUCAGUGAGCAUGGACACAGCUGUGGCAAUCCGUACGCUGGAAGCAACAUACAAGUCAUCAGCUGACUCUGUUGCUGUUGAAUCACUGGUUGCGAAAUUGAUGGAGAAGUUGGCACAGCCACAAAGAUUGUUGCACAUCUUUCUGGAUGUUGUUAUAAUGGUUUACAACCUGAUGCUCCUGUUCCCUUUGGAGAAUUUUGGUUGUGCUCCAGCCUCCAAUCAAGACACAGCUAGCAACAGGGAAUACGGCAACCUGGAAGGUCCUCACUUGAAAAGUAAAGGCAGAGCCAGUAAUACAACACGAAUCGGUGUUCUCACCUGGAGAUCAUUGGUAAUAAUGUCAAGAAAUCGGAAAUAUUUCUGGAGCAGAUUUGCCUUGUAUAUGCUUCUUGCCCUCUCAGUCGGCACCAUAUUUAACAACGCUGGUCAUUCAUUAUCAUCUGUAAUGGUAAGGGUUUCUGCAAUAUUUGUGUAUGUAUCAUUUGUCAUCCUUCUAAGUGUUUCUGGAGUUCCUGCCCAUAUUGAUGAGAUCAAGAUAUAUUCCCAUGAGGAAGCGAAUCAGCAUUCGAGUACAAUGGUUUUCCUGCUAGGGCACUUCCUGUCCAGUAUUCCGUUUCUAUUUCUGGUCACUAUUUCGUCAUCGCUGGUUUUCUACUUCCUGAUAGGACUCAGGAAUGAGUUCAACUUGUUUAUGUAUUUUGUGGUGACCAUGUUCAUGUGCCUGUUGGCAAAUGAGGCACUUAUGAUGAUUGUUGCUUACAUCUGGCUCGACACUUACAAGUGCACCUUAACUCUCAUUUGCUUAUACGUUAUCAUGAUGCUUGUGGGUGGAUAUUUUCGAAUCCGAGGGGGUCUACCGUGCACAGUAUGGAAGUACCCAUUGUCGUACGUUUCGUUCCAUGUGUAUGCAGUUGAGGGUUUGCUUGAGAACGAGUAUGUGGGCACAUCGUUUGCGGUCGGUGCGAUAAGGACGAUACCAGGUGUCCAAGCAGUUGGGGGCUCAUACGACAUCUCGUCUUCAGCAAACGCAAAGUGGGUAAAUCUGCUGGUUUUGUUUGUGAUGGCAGUUGGAUACCGUGUUGUUCUCUACGUGUUGCUUCGUCUGAAUGUAAGGAAACACAUGAGGUUGCUUGGCAGCUGGUGCUGCUGGAGCUGGACACCGCAAAGUGACUACUACUCCAGUAACUAGUGUGCCGUCCAAGUAGCCUCUGUCUAAUGAAUGAAUCCAGGUGACUCAACUGACUCCUCGUCUGCCAUGUACCAUCAUGUAGAGUACAAGGGGGCGAAAUGCAUGCACAUGUAUAUUCAUUCUUGAUCAUGCUUACAUAUGCCGUACUGUGUCUGUCUAUGUAUGUUUGUACUAUGUAUCACAGACGGACAUACAGACGGUUUAGUUUGGGGAUUGAAUUGAAGAUGAUAUUAUCUUGUUGUCCUGAGUAUGUAUAUGUUCCAUUUUUCUCU